AUGAAAAUGCUACUCCUGAGAUCCCUCGCCACCUUCAUUGUCGAGGCCAAACUAGAACGGCCCCAUGGCUGCGGGACGCUGUCGACGGUGACUGUAACCGUGACCCCAAGCUCAACCAGCACCGGCACCAGCACCACAAGCGACUCCACCAUCACCAGCUACCCGGACUCGUGCACCUACCGGCCUACGCAGACCUACUAUGCGUCUAGCGGCUGCGCUUUCAGCUGCUCGUCACAAUUCUGCAUCAUUGACGCGCCUGCCACGAUCUCGUGCGGCUGCCCAACUGUUUUCAUCGAGACACAGACCGUCACGGUGUGCCCCACCAAGUCGCCCUGCUGGAAUUGCCAUACCGGUUGGGGCACCUUUUUGGUCACUGAGACGUGCACAUCGACGGCUACGACGGCGGCGGUGGCGGUUCCUACUGGGGUUUGAGGUCGGGCGAAUUAUGAGCUGGGCGAUGCUGGGUGGAGGGUUCAUUAGCACUUGCAAGUGGAAGGGAAUGGAUCUAUUAGUCUUUUCCAACGACCUUGCCUCAGUUACCGGCUUGAUGUGCGUUGUGGGAAUCGUCCGCAUGCCAGGUCAUCGAUCUGAUGUUCAACGAGGUUAAUACGAUUUGGGUUUUAAGUUGGGACGGUGUCUUCCAAUCCUCAAAACUGAAGAAUUCGUCGUGAACAUCAAGCCACCAUUGGCACAGAAGAUCCUUCCUGCCCAUGGAGUCGAGCCUGUAUUGACACUCGCCCAGUGCUCCUACUUCCAAUCAACCUGUUCAGCCACCUCAAUUGCCGCUGCCAGCGCAGGACGGCAACUCCCAUCUGCACCCUUUCGGGGCUCCUUCCUCUCCUCUC